UGGAAGAGGCGGAGGAGGAAGGGGCGAAAGAGGCGGCGCUGGGCGGCUGCACUUCCGCCCGGACGUCCCAGGUGUCGCUGUUGUCCGCCUUUGCGCCUCGGCCGAGUGUCCCGGGCACCACGUGAGUGGCGGGGAGGUAGCGGCUCAAGGCCAUUUCCCCCUCUCAUUGGCUUAGCCGUCAUGUGGUUGCGCAGAGGCACCCACAAUUACACAGGGAAUGUUUUCGUAGAGAUGUCAGCCUACAAAGGACACAAUCUCUCUCCUCCCAAUUCCUCCCCAAAAUGUCCUUUCCCAACAGCUCUCCUGCCGCCAAUACUUUCCUAGUCGACUCCUUGAUCAGUGCCUGCAGGAGCGAUAGCUUCUAUUCCAACAGCGCCAGCAUGUACAUGCCACCUAGCACAGACAUUGGGACGUAUGGGAUGCAAACCUGUGGACUCCUGCCGUCUCUGGCCAAACGAGAGGUCAAUCAUCAAAAUAUGGGUAUGAACGUCCACCCGUAUAUCCCUCAAGUAGACAAUUGGACAGACCCGAGCAGGUCCUGCCGAAUAGAGCAACCUGUUACGCAGCAGGUCCCCACUUGCUCCUUCACGGCCAACAUUAAGGAAGAGACCAACUGCUGCAUGUAUUCUGACAAGAGGUCCAAGCUGGUGUCCUCCGCCUCCGAGGUCCCUUCCUACCAGAGGCUGGUCUCUGACUCGUGCCCCAUCGAGAACCCCGAGGUCCCCGUCCCAGGAUACUUCAGGCUCAGCCAGACCUACGCCACGGCGGGGAAAGCCCAAGAGUACAAUAACGGCCCAGAGGCGAGUAGUUCCACUGUCAUGUUGCAGCUCAACCCUCGCGGCGCCUCCAAGCCUCAGCUCGCCUCGCAGGUCCCGAUGGAGAAGAAAAUGAACGAGAACCCCAGCAACAGCGGCAGCAAUGCCAACAGCAGCAGCAGCAAUGCCAGCAGCACCACCAGCAGCAACCACCACCAGCACCACCAUCACCACCAUCACCCAGACAACAACUCCGCCAAAGUCGCCCAAGUGGAAAGUCCCGAGCCCAAGUCCGUCUCGCUUCAAGAAGACAGGGGCUGUCUGCCGGAAGCCCCCGUCUCCAGCCCCGAAGCCCAGGAGAAAGAUAGCAAAGAGGAAAUCAAGUCUGAUACGCCAACCAGCAAUUGGUUAACUGCAAAGAGUGGCAGAAAGAAGAGGUGUCCUUAUACUAAACAUCAGACACUGGAAUUAGAGAAAGAGUUCUUAUUCAAUAUGUAUCUCACUCGAGAGCGCCGCCUAGAGAUCAGUAAGAGCGUAAACCUCACUGACAGGCAGGUCAAGAUCUGGUUUCAAAACCGCAGAAUGAAGCUCAAGAAGAUGAGCAGAGAGAACCGAAUCCGAGAACUGACCGCUAAUCUGACCUUCUCUUAAACCGGUUUCACCUGGGGGCUGACCAAUCGCUGAGGCACAGGCUCAGUGGCUACAGAGAUGUAGGAGAGACUUUAUUUGGGGAGGAGGGAGGGGCGAGGGAGGGAGAAGGGAAAGAGACACCCCUUCAUUUGACAUUGUUUUUUAAUUUCUGAUAGAAUGUGACCUUUCCUCAUCCUUUUUAGUGCUGCAAGUGUCUACGUAUGUCCCUAUGGCGAGUAUAUAUAUACAUACAUACGUACAUAUAUAUAUUAAACAAAAAGAAACCCUAGCACGUGUAAUUUAUUGUUCUAUUUUGUUUUUCUCCUCCUCAUCGUAAUGCAGGGUAAACUUAGUUUGAACACAUUCAUUCGGUCUUAACUUAUUGGAAAUGUCGAACAUCCAAACAAUGUGACCUUCCCCCGCCCGCUCAUGUUUUUUUAACUGACCACGUGGUAUUUAUGUGGGGGGCUGCGAUAGGGGAAAAUGGCAUUUUGAAUAUAGGAAAUACUUUAAGAAUUAUUUUGGAAGGAAAAAAGGGUUUUUGUUUUUGUUUUGUUUUUCCGGGAGGUGGGUGGGUGGGAGGCCAAGCCAAGAGAGAGUGAGUGAAAGCAAGAAAGCACAUUUUAUGAUGUAACUAACAAUCCACUCCCCGGUAUCCGUCAGACUUGUCUUUUGUGCAAUGAAAUCUUUCAUUCUCAGCUGUAGACCUUUAUUUUGAUCCUUUAUUUUUUCCACAUUAUUUCCCUUGUGGUACAUACGUGGAAUCGUAGUGGUAUUUAAAGGGUGGGGGAGCGAUGUGUCUUCUUCUUUGUGCAUGUCCUAUUCGCAUGUGUAAUGCAAUAAACUCUGUAAAGUCA